AUGAGACUGUUCUGUGCUAGGCUGCUUCCCGAUCAGAUGAAGCCCUGGCUGUUACAUAAGCAGAUAAUUAAACAGGAGUUGGAAUGCCUAAGGAACCGGGGCAUUCUUCUGGAGAGUGGGCUGGCCAGUGGCAGCCACAGGGAGCCCACUGCCAGGGCCAACCUGACCAGCCGCACGCGAUGCCGAGACUCCGGAAAGGACUCUGAGAAGGACUCUGGCUACUCCGAGGCGGGCUCCGACUCUGUGGACGACCAGCCCAGCAGUGCCUCAGAACCUCAGAGGCAAAGCAACAGUAACAGCAGCCGUCACAACAGCAGUAACGGCACCAGCGGCAGUGGGAACGCAGCCCAAAGCAUGCCUCCAUACAAGGAGAUGACCCCCAUUUAUGUCAUCAAAAACGUGAUGGUCAAGCCGCCAAGAACAGAGCAGCUUCUGCACAGUCCGAUGCCCUGGGGCGGGGCCUGGCACAGCCUCACCGACACCAAAGCACCCACCCAGCUUCUCCUCAUCCAACAACCAGCCACACAAACUGCUGCCUCUGCUCCCAUGGCCCAGCCACAAAACCAUCUGAAGAAAUCCUCUGGCCGCAACAACACUACCAAGAACUCAUACCUGCCCAUUUUGAACUCAUACCCGCGCAUUGCUCCUCACCCCAGGAAGGAGAGCCACGCGAGUAAUGGAGGCUUGCGUUCCGGCUGUGGGAAAGACGGCCCGAGUGAAGGCCAAAGUCAGAGUAAGCGAGUGUGCACUGAGGAAAAGAAGAGAGACACUGUUUUGACGACAACACAUCACUUAAAACCACUAAAAGAAAGCAGGGUUCAUUCACACUCGCACCAUAAAAUCCGCUCGAGCCACUCGGGCAACCAAACGCAUUCAACAACACAAAGAAAGAGCCACCACUCCCAGAAAAACUCAGAUAACAUCAGCUCUCCAUCCGUGUCCAGUUCACAAACUCCCUCUCCUCCAUCCUCUUCCACCUCGCCUUCCUCCUGCUCUCCACCUUCCUCUUCGACAUCAUCAUCAGCCGCACAUAGCCCGUAUCGACCGGCUCCGGACAGCACUUCCACAAGGCAACGGCGCUUUUUUAACACAGCUGAAAUACUGAACCAAUCAGGCUUGCUGGCCAUCACCCUCCGUACGAAGGAGCUCCUGAAACAGAACGCUGCGACAGAACGAGAGAUCGCUCAGCUACGGCAGCAUACACAAUACCUCUGCGACGCAGCGCAGGCGAGUCAGGCCGCAUCCAAGGAGACCCCGCAUCUCGAGAAGCUAGUCUGCGCCAUGAGCGAUUCGGGGUCAUACCCGAAGCUAGACUUGAACCAACUUAACAUGCUUUUCAACCAACAGAGCGACAGCAAAGAAGCGAGUGAUCAGAAAAACGCCAGUCUCCACACAAAUGCAAAAGCGGUUGUUAUAUCUUUGCCAAACAUUGAUGACGGGACAUCUCCGCCCUCGCCGCUGUUUGCUCCUUCCCCAGAAGCAGGAGGGACAGAGAAUACCAACCCAGGUUUGGAUUCAGAAAAAGAAUUGUCUGAUCUCACUAUUAUGGUGGACAGUUUAACACGCGAUGACUAUCUUCUCUAA